AAUCCUUGAUCAGCACAGCAAGGGGGGCUGAUUCUGUAGACCAGCCUCCUGCCUCCUUCUUUUGCAUCAGAUGUCCCUGGGAGAGCCAGAGUAGCUGUGGAAGGUAGAGCAGAGUGAGCAUUUUUGUUGCUGCGAUGGCCAGGUGGAACGUGUGGCGCAGCCCUGUGGUGCCUCGGUCCUGGAUAGAGGAGCUGACAGCAUCAGGUGUUCGCUGCAGCAGCAGCGUGCCGGUGAUCAGACAUGCGUACUCGGGGAGCAGCAGCAUCGUCAGGCCUUUCAAUGAGAUUCCUGGACUGUGGAAGAACGGUUUGGCAAACUUGUACAAUUUCUGGAAACUGGAUGGCUUCAGGAACCUUCACCGCAUCAUGUUGCAGAACUUCAACACUUUUGGACCCAUUUACAGAGAAAAAAUAGGUUAUUACGAAAGUGUAAACAUCAUCAACCCUGAGGAUGCUGCCAUCCUGUUCAAAGCAGAGGGCCAUUAUCCUAAAAGACUGAAAGUUGAAGCGUGGACGUCCUACCGAGACAACAGAAAUCGCAAAUAUGGGGUUUUACUGAAGAAUGGAGAAGACUGGAGAUCAAACCGUGUGAUACUUAACAAGGAGGUGAUUUCCCUAAAAAUGCUGGAAAAUUUUGUACCUUUGCUGGAUGAUGUGGGCCAAGAUUUUGUGGCCAGAAUUCACAAAAAGAUCGAGCGAAGCGGCCAGAACAAAUGGACCGCUGACCUCUCUCAGGAACUCUUCAAAUAUGCACUCGAAUCGGUGAGCUCGGUGCUGUACGGGGAGCGACUGGGUCUGAUGCUGGACUACAUUGACCCUGAAGCUCAACGUUUCAUUGACUGCAUCACCCUCAUGUUCAAGACUACCUCACCCAUGCUGUACAUACCUCCUACUCUGUUGAGGAAGAUUGGAGCGAAGGUGUGGCGAGACCAUGAGGAGGCUUGGGAUGGGAUAUUUAACCAAGCGGAUCGCUGCAUCCAGAACAUCUACAGGCAGCUGCGUCAGGAGACAGGCACGUCAAACAAAUACCCAGGAGUCCUGGCCAGCCUGCUCAUGCUGGACAAGCUGUCCAUUGAAGACAUUAAAGCCAGUGUCACUGAGCUGAUGGCUGGAGGAGUAGAUACAACUUCUAUAACACUGCUAUGGACGUUGUAUGAAUUAGCCAAACACCCGAACCUCCAGGAGGAGCUGAGGGCGGAGGUGGCUGCAGCUCGGGCUGAAAGCAACGGAGACAUGCAAGAGAUGCUGAAGCGGAUUCCUUUGGUCAAAGGUGCUUUGAAGGAAACACUGAGGUUGCAUCCAGUUGCAGUGAGCCUGCAAAGAUACAUAGCAGAGGACAUCAUUAUUCAAAACUACCACAUCCCAGCCGGGACUCUGGUCCAGUUGGGACUGUUUGCGAUGGGCAGAGACCCCAAGGUGUUUUUCCGUCCGGAGCAGUAUCAGCCCUCUCGCUGGCUGAGGACAGAGAGUCACUACUUCAGGAGUUUGGGCUUCGGGUUCGGCCCCCGCCAGUGUUUAGGACGCAGGAUAGCUGAGACAGAGAUGCAGAUCUUUCUUAUCCAUAUGCUUGAGAACUUCAGGGUGGAGAAACAGCGCCACGUGGAGGUGCAGAGUACCUUUGAGCUCAUUCUCUUGCCAGAAAAACCCAUAAUAUUGACUUUGAAACCUCUCCAAGCUAGUCGGUAACUUCAAGUUUAGGGGGGGAAAAAAAGUGGUGCAUGGUAAGUAAAGCUCAUUACCAAGACUUUUAUCACAGGUAUUUGUGAUAAAGGGCUUCAUGAGGCACCACAAUAUAAACACUGAAUAAAAUCUUCCAACUUAGGGCCUGACGAGAGCAAGAAAAAAACAUUAGGAAAGAAAAAGCUAAAAACGGGGAUGAAAAAUUACCUCAGCAAUUCCAUGACUAGUAAACAAAGUAUUUAUAUGUAUUGUAUAUUGCUUAAUGAAUAAUUUGAUUAAGGAUGGACAUGUAGUCUGUGUGCACAAUAUCUUGGAAAACUGGAAUGUUGUACAUUUAUUCCACCUGUACAUGGCAUAAACAUUUUAUUUUCUGUACAAACCAGUGAUAAAUAAACAAUAGAACUGA